AUGGGGUCUGAAGAAAGUGUGUUUUUUCAAGUUAAGGCUCCUGGUUCAAUGAGAGAUAUAGUGUGGGGUAAGGUAAAAUCACAUCCAUGGUGGUCGGGACAGAUAUUUGAUGAAGCACUUGCAUUGCCAACUGCAGUGUUUGAGGAGCUUAACGAGACAUAUGUCAAUGCCUUUGGAGUAGAUCUACAAGAAAAAUUGCCUUUUGAAGCUUCUCGUGCAUCUCUUUGCUCUUUGCAAGCCUCGGAGAUGAUAUCAUGCAAACAAGAGCUCCAUCGGCUGCUAUGGUUUCUGAGUCCCAAGCCAGCAAAAAUUUAUUCGUCUGCUUGUAAUGCAAUUUCCUCUUCAAUCGGCCUUGACACUUUAGAGCUGAAAGCCAGAUUCGCACAAUUUGGACCCUUUGAUUCUGUUCCUCGGUUGUUUUGGAAAUCAUCAACAUGUCGAAUUGUAUUCAGAUAUAAAUCUGAUGCUCAGAUGGCAUAUAGAUAUAACGCUGGAAACAAAUCCCUUUUCGGCAAUGCAAAGGUGGAUUGCUACCUGCAACCCUUGGCAGCCUCGGAAUUACCUUAACGAUGUAAGCAUCAUGUUCCUCAGGAUCUGGAUAAGUUUCCAUGGUCGGCACCUAUUGAAACUGGUGAUUAUACUGGAAACCUGAAAUCAAUAGCCCCUAAGGAACAGCAGCUUUUGCACUCAACGCUUCAACUUAAAUCAUGCCUGAAGCAGUCAGAGGAUGAUGAGUUUGGUGGAGGUGCCUUCCAUAAGAAACCACGUGUAAAAUUCAGGUUUAAUGGGGAUCAAAGCAGCAGCGGAGAGUAAUUGAUCGUCAAUAGCAGUGUCAAAAACUCGAAUGUGAAUCAACUAAAUGGUUCUCCAUUGUCUUGUUAUGCGACUGCUGAAAUUCCUGGAAACUGGCAGGUGUUCAUUGCUCAAUCUACACCUGCUCUCCAUCCUCCUAAACCUCCUAAACCUGGUUAGGAAUGCAAUUAAGAGCUAUGGACCUGACGAUUUUGUUGCAGCCUGUAAUGCACGAUAUGAAGCUGAGGUAAGGAACAACAGCAUCGACAGUACACCCCCUUCCUUUAAUGUCGACAUAUCCAGUCCGAUGCUACACGUUAUGACUAGAUGCUGCAAAAUUGCAUCUGACUUGAAAUGCUGGUUGGGUUAUGUGCCUAUCCAUCUCUGAAGGCAGCCAUCAGCAUGUGAUAGAAGUAAAUACUAGUUGAGACGUGAGAAGUAAAAGA